GUUGAUUAAUUACAUCCACAAUUCCCUGUCUCUUCUGGCCUUCAUGUUCCACAUCCAGUCAGGUCCGGUUUGCGUAUCUCCAGUUACUCCUCACACCAACCGCACACGCUCCCUUAAUCAAAAUGAUACGUACGGCUAUAGGCCUCUAAACUCCUCGCCACUGGCCAGUUUCGGUAACGAUUCGAGUCCAGCUGGUCCGUCAUCGUCACCUAUACAGCAAGCUCAAGCACGUCGAAGGUCGCAGUAUAAAUCAAAAAUGCGCACCUCUAGUGGUGUUGGUCCUAGUCAGUCGUUGUCUCCAACCAUGUCAAUGUCACUGUCAAGUGAAACGGGGUCCAUACUACGAGAGAAGUUCAGGAGCUCUUGUUUGAAGAGAGCGAAAAAUGCCAGGAAGAAGCUAGUCAAGAGCAGGAGGAGGCUAGAUCCGAUGAGCAGUAGUGACGGGUUUGAGGCGGAUGAGUCCAUGGCUAUGGAUGACGAGGACGACAGCGAAGCGGAGGACGAAUUUGACGAUGAGGUUCUCAGACGUGUUAUGCUCAACGAUAAUCGCAAACUCAGACAUAAAUACCGACUGUCAUAUUAUGCUUCCUGUGGUGAUUCUUUCGAUCCGGAUCUUGAAGACCUGGAUCAGUGGGAAACUGAGCUUCAUGAAGAGCCUGAGGGUACUAAAUCACAAACUACCGUGGCUGGCGAGUCCCAGUUAACUCCAGAAGAUCUUGAAGAUGCAGAACUCGAAGCCUAUGCAGAGGAAUGCGAACGCCAAGCUGCUCUGGCCGAAUUUGAAAACAUACCCGUUGAGGAUUUAUUUGGGUGGGACGAAGACGAUUUUGACUUCGAAACGAACGACAAGAAUACCGUCAGUUCGAGUCAGGACAUCGACAUGGACUUGUAAUUAUAACAUCGUUCUUGCCACAUUUUACUAUCUUGAAGCUACAAAUUGUACGAUACACUCAGAUCUUGGCUGUUAUCUUGGCACUUCAUAUAAUACUCUAACCUACUAGAAUUGGAAUUUGUACUUGCGUUGGGGUUCACGCGCACGUUUUGUUGUUAAUCGUAAAUAUGGGUUGAAGCGC